UGAUUUUUAAGUGAUAACUGUUUUCAGAAAAAUCAAAAUGAAACUUCUGGCUAUUUUGGCAACUGUUUGCUUAACAGCCGCUGUUGAAGAUCAAUGGAUUGCUUUCAAGCAAACUCAUGGGAAAACUUACAAAAGCUUGUUGGAAGAAAGAACUAGGUUCGGGAUAUUCCAAAGUAACCUGAUGAAAAUCAAAGAACACAAUGCCAGAUACGACAAAGGAGAAGAGACCUACUACUUGGGAGUCUCUCGAUUUGCUGAUUUGACCCAUGGAGAGUUCAAAGAUUUCCUGAGGAGACAAAUCAAGAACAAACCCCGUUUACAUGCCACACCUACAGUAUUUCCUGAAGAUUUGGAAGUUCCAGAUUCCAUAGAUUGGACCGAGAAGGGAGCAGUUCUGGAUAUUAAAGAUCAAGGCGAUUGUGGUUCUUGCUGGGCUUUCAGUUCUGUAAGUAUUUUAUAUAGUCACGAAAGUCUGUGAGUCAGAUAACGUUUC